AAAUUAGUGUGCUAUUCACCAACCCAUGGGACGAAACCGUGGUCAACAAAAAAUUCGGAUGUGGCGCCCCAAUUUUUAAGGGAGUCUCACGGAAAAGUAGCGUAAGUUCUUCAAAGAUUAGGGUGCCGCGGUUUGGUCCCAUGGAUUGGUGAAUAGCACACUAAUUUGUGGUAGAAUUUUUUCUCAGAGUAUAGAGAUCAGUGUCUUACCGCCAUCUUGGCUCACAUCACGUUGUUUUGCGCGCCGAAAUGUAUAUUCACGUAAGCAAGCGACAAAGCAUGUAAUAAGUGGAACAAAUAUUUUGAUAAUUUUGGCGAACUGUCAUCCGUAAAAAAAUAAUCGGUGUCGAUUGUGGGUUUUUGAGGAAACAAAUAUUUUCAAUGAAAUCUGAUAAUAAAAGAAGACUUCAUGAUCGAAACAAUGGAGCAACAGGAUCAACAGUGAAUCCGAAGUCGUUACGAGUUACGAGAUUAUAAACGAAAACCAGUUGAGGAUAAUUCCUCAAAAUGGGUAUCACAGGAUUGCUCCCAUUUUUAGAGAAGAAAACCGCUAAGAAAGUAUCACUCCAGGAAUUCUCUGGAGGCACAGCGGCAGUUGAUACUUACUGUUGGCUCCACAAAGGAGUUUUCACUUGUGCUGAUAAAUUAGCCAUGGGAGUGAAAACGGAUGGAUAUGUUACGUACUGCAUGAAUUAUGUCAAUCUAUUACUAAAAUUCAAGAUAAAACCCAUUUUGGUUUUCGAUGGUCGUCACUUGCCAGCUAAAGCAGAAACUGAGCUCAAACGAAGAGAGCAGAGAGACGCAAAUCGUAAACGAGCCACAGAGCUAAUGAAAAUGGGUGAAAUUGAGCAAGGAAAAAAUUUAUUGAAACGAGCAAUUGACGUGAGCCAUGAGAUGGCUUUAAACGUAAUAAAAAAGUGUCAGGAAUUGAACAUCGACUGCAUCGUAGCUCCUUACGAAGCUGAUGCACAAUUGGCAUACUUAAACAUCUCCGGAAUUGCCGACUUUGUUAUAACAGAGGACAGUGAUCUUACUCUAUUUGGUUGCAAGAAGAUACUCUUCAAGAUGGAUAAAUUUGGCUGUGGAACUCUUGUGGAACAGGAGCGACUAUACCUCUCGAUGGCGCUUCGUCAGGAUGACUUUACCAUUGAGAAAUUUCGUCACAUGUGUAUUCUUUCUGGUUGCGAUUAUCUCCCAUCUCUUCCAGGUGUCGGUCUCGCAAAAGCUCUUAAAUUUGCUCAAAGAAACACUGACGAAGAUAUCUACAACGCUCUCAGCCGUUUGAGCACACACAUAAAUAAAAAUAUCACCAUCACCAAAGAAUAUCGUGAGGCUUUCGUCAGAGCAUUAAUAACAUUUAAACAUCAAUUGGUUUACUGUCCCUUAAUAAGGAAACAAGUGAGGUUGAACACACCACCACCAGAGGUGACACCAGAGCAACUCCACCAUGCUGGAGAUCCAGUGGACGAGGAUUUAGCCUAUCAACUGGCUCUUGGUAAUUGCAAUCCCUUUGGAUUUAAAAAACUCAAUGAUUUCAAUCCUGACAAUCGAUUGCCCUCUAAGAAACGGACAAGUGGCUGGCAUGAAACUCCGUCUGAUCAAUAUCCUAGCAUCUGGUCUAAUAAUUUCAUAAUUAAAGCACCUGCAAGAGGACCUAUUCCUUCUGAUACCACUAAUUGGCCUAAUACAGUUGAAAGGGAUGUGCUAAUGAACACAAAGAGUAUAAAGAGAAAGAUUAGUCCUCUGAAGCAAAAAAUUAAGUCCAAAAAUUCAACUUCUAAUCCUUUAAAACGAACGUCCGAGCACUUCAAUAAUGAAUUAAGUAAGGAAGAUUUAUUCAAGUUAUAUGAAAACACAAAGAUUAUGAAGAAUGAUGACAGUAAGCCUGAGAAGGUUGACACCCUUUCGACGCCAAUAACUUCACCAAGGAAAUUCAAUCCUUUCUUGAAAAAGCCAGCAUGCACUGAUACAUCACCAUCAUUGGUACCACGAGGUCGCAAACGUCCUAAACAUACGAUAAUUGCUCUUUACCCUACGAUUGUGGAGGAAACAACAGUCACUGAGAGUAAAUUCUUCUCUCGAUCAGAAACAAGUGGAGAAGGUAGAGAACCUUUGAUAAUCCCCGAGACUCAGGAAGAGUUCAUGUCACAAGUUUCGCGCGAGAAUUUAGAGAAGAAAAUGGUGAAGAGAAAUAUAAUAAUAUCGAACACUCAAGAUGAAUUAAAUUCUGUUAAUUCAAAGGAUGACAUAACUAAAAGUUAUGCAAUAAUCCCAGAAACAGUGUACAAUGAACUUGAUGAUGAAACAGUUUGUCAAGCUGAGGAAGAAGUUGAAGAAGUCCGACCGGAGAGAGUAAAUGUAAUAAUUCCAGAGACGAUGGACGAAGACGAAAUAUUUGGAGAAAAUUUGCGUAACGAAGAGAUAAAAAAGGGAGUCGAUGCUUAUUCAACCCCUAGGAAUAGUUUGAGUGAGCACAAUAGCAAUGUAAUAAUUCCAGAGAGUCCUGACGAGGAAGAGUUGCUUCUUAGUCAAGGCUCUUGUAAAGAGAACGAUGGUAAUGCCAAUAUAGUGAGAAAUGAUGAUAGACCUUCAGAGAAGGGUCACGUCUUAAUGAGAACUGACUCAGGUGUCGACAUGAAAGAAGAUACAUUAGGGACGAACCUCAGCCCAGAGAAUUUUUUAUUUGAACUUGAGGAACAUUUUUCAAAAAUUGAAACGAGAACCUCAGGAUUGAACAUCAUAGUAAAAAAAUAUGGUUUGAAGAGUCCAAAAAAAAUAACUAGAACUCCAAGUCCCGAUGAUAUUGAGUUUUUUGGUGCUAGUGAAACAGUGAGUAGUCAUAGGAGCAGUUUUUUCCAUUGGUCAAACACCAAGAGCUCUAAUAGAACAGUUAAUUUUUUUAAUAAUAAGCCAUCGAUAUGCUCUCCGAAGAUUUCAUCUCAGAGUAGUAGAUCUAAAACUUCCAAACGUUCACAAGUUUUGAAGAAAUUACCUCCAAUUGACUCUCAGCAAAGCAAGCUGAACAUGUAUGGAUUCAAGAGAAAAGACACUGCCAAUAACUGAUAUAUGUAGAAUUUUUUUGAAGAAAUAGAUAGCUCGUCCUGUCUUUAGAUUAUGGAGACAAGCAAAACCUUGAGAGUUACUAGUGGAAGGAAGGUCUGAUUGAGAUUAUACAGUAUUACUAUUCUUAGGGCAUUCGGAAUAUUAGAAAACAGUAGAGCCACGAAAAAUACUUUUUUUUUUUACAACACAGAAACUGACUUUUACAGCGAUAAAAUUACAUUUCCAGUGCCUACUCAAUAAUUCCGUUCAAAACCUAUUGUUCAUCGAAAUAACAAUUGAUUCUAUGUUCUAUAGUUAUUUUUUCAGCAAUCACUGCAGGUAUUAUUAAUAGGAAACCUCUAAUUUAAGACUGGUAAUACUCAUGACUGAGAGUGUAGUCACAUUGAAACAAACAAUACUGCCAAUUGAUUUUUUUCAUUAAUGAGUGUAAUUUCUCUGGAUAAGUACAAAUUAAUAUUUUAUGUCAUUGCGGCCGGUAAAACGCGUUUUUCGUCACAAUGACAUAAAAUAGCAUCAUAGCCA